GAACUCCAGCAGCAUAUAUCCGGACAUUUCGUGCACAUCCGGCCGGAUGGACGCCCUCCUGACGCCGGCUGAUGGCCGCCGUGCCCAGCGACAGCGCGUGGGUGGCAGUGCGGCAGAGGAGCAGGCACAGGCCCAACUCCAACGGGAAAUUUUGACCUUGGUGGCCCAGCUCGCCCUGAAGCUGGACCUGGAUGUGCGCGAGCUGCGGGCUGCCACGAUCACCACCGUCGUCGCGAAGAGGACGGACCCCAUCAUUGAAGCUGGCCAGAACGAAAUGACAUCCUUCGAGGAGCGCCUCAAAGAGCUCCGGGACCAGAAGGCCGACACGACCGAGGCGGGGAACAAGCAGGUGCGCCUCUGGGCGCGCAUCGUCGACACCAUCGUGAAAACCGACCACGGCCCUGAGCUCAAGCAGGCCAUCGACAUACUGAAGGAGCACCACGCCGCCGUUACGACGACCACCUACCUCG